CUCAACUAUUCAUUCUACUUCCAUUAUGAACAAGAAACUUGCCAACGAUUAAGCAGCAUCUUUGUUUAAGAAUAGGUAGCAAGCAACCUUGGAGACGAGAUAAUUGUCUAAUUCCAUUCAUCAUUUAUUUGGCCAAGUCUACUGCUGCUACUUGGUUACUAAUAUCAUAUUCCUUUUCUAACUGAGAAUGGCCUCAAGCUCUCUCUAUACUGAUGGUCACGCCAUUCCGUUACUUGCGAAAGGGAAUGAGGCGCUACCCCAGAAGUCCAACCCAAAUGCCUACAGCGUCGUUAAGAAACGGUCAAUCCCACGACUUGGGGAUGGCCUCUGUGGCAUCUUCGCGGCCCUGGGCCACUCACCUACCAGGACAGUGAAUUCCACUCCUUCUACUGUGGUCACAAGAAGCAAUACCCCAACCUCCACAGCAUCACGGCAGACACUUACCACGUGUAUAUCAACUCCUGAUAUUAGCAUCAUUUCAUCGAAUGCCGGCAGUCAUGCUGAUGUUAUCGAGAAAGCCACUACUAGCAACAAGCGGAACCGCUCAUAUCUUUUUUCUCCAAUCUCACCCGGCGUGUCCAUUCAAGAAUCAAACAGCCUAGUUCAGUCCCCUCCAGCCCUUGGUGCAUAUGGUUAUGUUGCAUUGCCCCGUGAUGGUGACACUCUAUAUGAGAUAUCACACCCCACCGUGCCACCAACGUCAUCAAACAGCAACCAGGUAUCUUCAACGAGGCUCGAGGCUCAUACUUGGCUUCAUAAUUCACAACAGGCAUCGUUUGAAGUUAGGCAAAUUGUUGUAAAAGAUCAUAGCAAAAACACACUCGGCAACCUCAACUCAUUCGGAGCACACGAAAAAGGCGAUCAAAAUGAGUGUCUUAUCGCACAACCCCAGAACUGCGACGGCUCCUUCAAUCUUGAACCUCUCGAGUAUACGGAACCACUUAGAUCAAACCUACGACCUUCAUGCCCAGCUCCGGUCCCCGUCGCAAAAGUCGAUAAACAGCGGGAAAGGUUCUAUAUUAAGUUGAUGGAUUACGUCAAUGCCGACUCUGCGCUUGUUAGCCCAUCGCAGUCAUCGCAGGCGAACUUACAUGUCUUUGUAGAUAUGUCUAACAUAUUCAUCGGGUUCUGUGAGACGUAUAAGAUCUCCAGAAAAAUUCCAAUGAGGCGCAGGAUUCAUGCUCCUCAUUUCUCGUUUAGAACGCUCGCCCUCCUGAUGGAACGAACACGAUACACCUACAAGAGAGUACUAGCAGGAUCUGCAUAUGCUGGAAAUUCCCGAUCUCAUUGGCCUGCUCACUUCUUCGAGGCUGAGAAAUUGAAUUAUCAGAUGAACAUAUUCUCACGUGUCCAGAAGCGAAUACCUUCGCCCGCCAAGUCCAAACAACAAGGUAAAACAACACCUCAGGGAAAGGCCCGGUCAUCACCCUCUGAUGUAGUCUAUGAUAGUGUUGCCGAUUCAGCAGGAGACCGAAUGGCUAGUACCAUAGAGAUCCGUAAUGGGGAGCAGGGUGUUGAUGAAAACAUACAUCUAAACAUGAUGGAAAGUAUGUGGGACUACAUGCAUGAACCAGGUACCAUCGUGUUGGCCACAGGGGAUGCCGCAGAAGCUGAAUUCUCCCCGGGCUUCUUCUGUUAUGCUCUUCGAGCGCUCGAGAAGGGCUGGAGAUUCGAAUUAGUUGCCUGGAAACGAACAACAUCAUCAAACUGGACUAGUCUGGCACACUCUAGCAAAUAUGCCAAUCGGUUCCGGAUCAUCUUCUUGGAUGACUUUCUCGAAGAGCUCCAUGCGGACAUCCUUCCCGGAGCUUGAUAUUCUCUGGCGCAAACUAGACCACAAAUUCCCUGCA